AUGUCUGGAAUAUAUUUCCUUCUUUGUAUAUUUUUCUUCGUUUUAUGUUCGGAGUUGUUUACAGUUGCCGCCGUGACAGAAGUCAAAGUCGGCGUUCUGCUGAUGACCGAAGCUGUUGAACCGUUCGAUCUACGGCGCAUCAAACCUGCUUUAGACAUUGCAUUUGAAUUCUCGGAAAGGUAUUACGGAAUCAAGUACAAUCCGAUAACAUUAAAUUAUACUGGAUUUUGUCCAAAGCAAUCUUCCAUUGGACACUUUUCGGAACUUUAUUACGAUCAUAGUGUUCAAGCAGUUAUAGGACCCGCCUGUUCGGAAACCAUCUUAUCUAUAGGUAGACUUGCACAGUAUCUACAUAUUCCAAUGGUGAGCGGUGUUGGCGAUCUCAUAAUUCGGAGCCCGUCGGAUAUGUAUACGACUUUCACAAGGAUGUCUUACAAUCUAGGGAAAUUUUCAACUUCUGUGAUGUCUUUGAUGAGCAAGUACGGCUGGCGACAUAUCUCCAUCAUGUAUGACGUCGAGUAUAUCUUCUUUGAGUUGGCGGGCGUCAAUCUCGUCAGGGACUUUGUUAACAAUGGUGUCUGGCCACGCCCUCUAGACUUGCAAUUCGCAGCAUCUAAACUGCCGGACCCAGGAACCUUACUGACGACGGCAAGUCGACAAUCUCGAGUAUUUGUUAUUUUCUGUGACGCGGAACUGUUCCGAAACUUCAUGUACCGGGCUUUCCAGUUAGGAAUGGCGGACGGAGGCUAUGUGUUCGUCACCAUGGAACUAUUUCCGAGUGAUUGGCUAGGAUACUACACCGAAUUCCUACGCGGUGACUACAAAGACAAAGGUGUAACUCGAGCGUACGAAUCCGCUUUAGUUUUUACACUGCAUCUCCCGAGAAGUUCCGAAUACCUGGAUUUCGCCUCCGAUGUAAAAUCUCGGGCAAGCCGAGAUUAUAACUUUGACUUUGGUGAUGAAACGGUGAAUUAUUUCAUCACAGCAUUUUAUGAAGGUGUGUUAUAUCUGUCCGAGGCUUUUAACCGGACGUUAACGGACGGACAAAAUAUCACGGACGGUCUGACGGUAGCUCAGAAACUCUGGAACAACACUUAUCCGGGCAUUUCGGGAACAGUAGCGAUUGACCAAUUUGGAGACAGAAUUGCAGAUUUUGAUUUUCUAGAUAUGACUGACCCUGUCACAAAGACGUUCAAUGUUGUUGGAGUAUUCCAAGGGUUUACUCAGCAAUAUGAAGCUAUUCAAGGAAUCGAAAUUCUGUGGCCAAAUGGUGUGCCCGUCGACAUCCCUGUGUGUGGUUACACACACGAGUUAUGCAUUAUAGAUGACACUGAUGAAUCGAAGUUGGUACUUCCGUUGACCCUGUCUCUAGCAAGUGUGCUUUUAAUGGGGAUGGUUGCCUCUAUCUUUAUUUACAGAAAAAUAAAAUUUGAAAUGGAAAGUGGAAAAACACCUUGGCUGGUAACAUGGGAUGAAGUGGUCUUGUCUAAAGCGGAUAAGAAAGGGUCGUUCCUGUCAAAGUCAAGACUAUCGAUGAUGUCCUCGGAGACAGAUGCCACUCAUCAACAGUUGUUUACAUCUGUCGGGAAUUGUAGAGGAAAUAUUGUCGCCAUCAGGAAACUCUCUAUCCCGACCGUGGAACUUAAUAAAAGGACAUUACUGGAAUUCCACAAGUUGUAUAGUGUACAGCACCAGAAUCUAGUCCGAUUUGUCGGAGCCUGUUUGGAGCCUACGAAUUGUGGUAUACUCAUGGAAUAUUGCCCCAGAGGCAGUCUGCAGGAUAUUAUAGAAAACGACGAUAUCAACUUAGACUGGACGUUUAGAUAUUCUCUGAUCUGGGACAUAGUAAAGGGAAUGCAAUACAUCGAGAACAGUACUCUGAAGUACCACGGUAAAUUAAGCAGUACUAAUUGUGUGAUUGACAGCCGAUUUAUGUUGAAACUGACUGAUUUUGGAAUCCCAGAUGUAUAUUUCGCGGAGAGACAACAUCUCCUGAAAUCACAGGAAAUCAACCAUUACAAGCUGCUGUGGACGGCUCCAGAAAUUCUUCGGGAAGAUGCAUCCAAGUUGAAUAGUCUUAGCCCCUAUGUGUACCAGAAGGGGGACGUUUACGGAUUCGGUAUAAUACUACAGGAGAUCGCCACACGAAAUACACCAUAUGCUGAUAUGAAUUUAAACGCAGAUGAUAUCGUACAUCGAGUAAUGACAGUAUCCACGAUCCCGUUCCGUCCGAAUGUAGCCACCGCCGACUGCUGUGGUGAGCUCCGCCAUCUCAUUGAGAUAUGCUGGGACGAAGCACCAAUUAAAAGACCCACAUUUGACACCAUAGCAUUGGAAUUUAAAAAGAUAAAUCCGGCGAAUUCCAGCAACAUUAUGGACAACUUGUUAAAGCGAAUGGAACAAUACGCCGACAAUCUAGAAACUCUGGUACAGGAGCGAACAGAUGCCUAUCUCGAGGAGAAGAAAAAGGCCGUGGAGUUGCUUCAUAGGCUGUUGCCACCGUCUGUGGCUGAUCAGCUAGAGGCUGGGCAUAACGUUUUACCAGAAACCUACGACUGUGUAACUAUAUACUUCAGUGAUAUUGUAGGCUUCACAAAUAUUGCAGCACAAAGCACUCCGAUGCAGGUCAUUACACUGCUGAAUGAGCUGUAUACACAUUUUGAUAGAGUAAUUGGUAAACUGGAUGUUUACAAGGUUGAAACGAUAGGAGACGCUUACAUGGUUGUAUCAGGACUGCCUGCCAGGAACGGUAAUCUACACGCAACCAAUAUUGCCCAGAUGGCGCUGGAGAUACGCCAGACGGUCAAGUCGUUUGAAGGGUCAGUUGUGGCCGGAGUAGUAGGACUGACCAUGCCUCGAUACUGUUUGUUUGGUGAUACAGUGAACACGGCGUCACGGAUGGAGUCUACGUCAGAAGCACUUUGCAUUCAAAUAUCCCAAACUACCAAAAACAUUCUUGACACUUUCAACGAUUAUGAAAUAAAAGAAAGAGGAGAAGUAGAAAUCAAGGGAAAGGGACUAAUGCAAACGUUUUGGCUGGUUGGCAAAAUAGGAACCGAGGCGGAAAUUGAAAAGUCUUGUACCUUUCCAGAGCCUGAUAUGUUGACAAAAUAAGCAGUAUUGUCUUUUUAAAGAUUGAGUGAGGAUCUGACGGAAGGGACGUUUUUUGUCAUAUCUGUGGCGUUAUAGACUCAAAUAUGUAGUGUUUCAGUUGUACAGAACAUGAUGUAAUUCAAAACAAGAUUAAUACCGGACUAUAAUAAACAAUUUUGGAAAUGUCUGAUUUCCAUGUAAGAUAUAUUGGUAUCAGACGCACCGACAAUAAAUAACUAUAACAUUGGUGUUAUUAGAAGAAAAACAUAUUUACGAUAUCCCACUGUUAUUCGGUGAAUUCUCUAAUGUAAUAUUUAGCAUAUGGCACUUGUUUCAUAUACUCCGGAGCAUAUUCCAAUUGAUCGCGCAGGU